ACCUCGAUUAGGAAACUGAAUCCUCUAUGCUGAAAACUCGAGUUCUUAAAUAGCAAAAUAGUUAACCUGAAUAAUACUUCUAAAUAAAUAAUAACUAAAAUCUUAAGGAAAUAUAAAAGUCUUGCUAAAGGAUAACAAAUGUAAAAAUUUUGUUGGUAGCCCAUACUCGUAAAAACCUAUCUUUCUAACAAAAAAUUGUUUUUGUUGAAUGUUUGGUGAAUUGUGGUUGAGGAAAUUGAUGUUUGAUAUUUAAUGGGAUUAGGUAUGAUGCAGUGAGUUUUUUGAAGUAUUUGGAUACACUGAGAGUAUCAGAGAGCUUCAGAUCUGUUUGGCUAUUUGCAGAGUCCAGCUAUAAGAUAUUUGACUAUGCAAAGAAGCGGGUUUACCGCAUAAUCAAGUCAAGUGAUGUGAAAUCAAAUGGGCAGGAUCAGAGUGCAAUGAGCAAAAAGAGGAAAUCAAAGGAGAGGGAGGAUAAUGAGAAACUUGCAGUUGGUGGUACGACAGCAAUUGCUAGUGGAAUUGCUCUUGAGGAAGUCUUGGAGGAGGCACCAAAAUGGAGGGUGUUAAGAGGGGUUCUUGAAGAGAUAUAUGAGGAAAGACAAAAGCAAGCUUUGUUGGGGGAAGAAUAUCUGGUUGAAGGUCAAGAUGAUGACAAUGGCGUUGUUCUAGUGGCAUGCAAAGAUGAACAUUCAUGCAUGCAGCUUGAAGAUUGCAUAACUAAUGGCCCAGAGAAGCCGGCUGUUACCAAUUUCCUGGCAGAAUAGAGGGCUCGAGGGAUGUGCAGUCUUCAUCUGUAAAAGAGUUACUUUAAUAAGUUUUUUUAGAAAAAAGUGUUAAUACUAUAAAUCUAACUAUAUUGUGGAUUA